AUGCUUCCCUUUCGUGUCCUGUCAGAACCCUUUCUGCUCUCUGCAGGGCACAGAGACCCAGGCAAGAGCCAAGGGGCAGACGCACUUCCCCAUGGGGCUCUCCCAAGGAAGCUGGUUCCAGAGCUCAGGCUGCCCCAAGACCCCACUGCCCAGCAAGACGACCCAGAGGAGUCCCAGGGUGCUGCGGAGGGUGGGGGGGGGUGUGACAGUCUAGCCAUGUUCCUGCAAGCCCAGGGUGCACCUGCCCCGCACUUAGGGGAGACGGUCAUAGAACAGUGUCUGAAACGUCUCUACAGCCUGAAGAGAAUGGAUUUCAGGUUCUUGAAGGGGCAAGGGGUCCUUUCCACCAGCACAAGGCCUUUCCCUGGCCUUGGAGGACAGGUCUUGCAGAAGUUGGUUUUGAGGGAGGCGCCAAGGGAUGCCGAGACUCCAAGGCAGCAAUAG